AUGAGAGACUGUAUUGAGAAAGGAAGAGUAGUAGAGUUUAAGUGCGCAACCCUUGCCACCAAAAUAGGAGUAGUAGUAGACUUUAUGAGUCAAACUGCUUUUAUAGUGCAGAUUGUAUGUGCUAAGACCGGAAAGGCGUUAGAAAGAGAAAAAAUCACAAAGAAGCACAUUCUGCUGACAGAGGAUGUAAUAGAGUUUGACGAUUCUGAAGAAAUUAGAGGAGAUGCAUUUGUUAGAUCAAUUGAAGAGAACAUAAAAGAAGCUGUAGCAAGAAAGCAGAACACUGAAUUAUUUAAAGCUGCAAUUGAGUUGGCUCAGAGAAAAGAACUAAACGACUUUGAAAGAUUUAUGAAAGAGCAGGAAGACAUCGCUAGAGUAAGAAUCUUAAACUCACACGGAUUUGAAUAAAUUAUA